UAAUCUCAAUUGAAUAAUAAUAAAUUAAAUAAUCAUCGUGACAAGGUGCUUAGUUCGAAUAACGGUACAAAUCCAUAAAUAAAAAAUAAAAAUGUUUUAAAAAAAAAUUAAAAAUGUACAGGUGGGAGAGCAAGUCCGGAAGUACAUAAUACAUUGACUAUUCAAUUUCUUCAUGACAGUUAGUGUUCUCCAACUCGGUAAACCUUUGAGUCUCGUAAAAAAAAAAUAAAAAAACCACCACCAAAGUCUUCAAUACUAUUAAAUAAAAUUAUAAAUGAAAAUAUAGUUUAACUUGAGGACAAAAAAUAUAAUGAAAAAAUGGAUUUUAAAUGGUCAUCAUAUAAAAAAUGUAAAAUUAAAAAAUAUAAAUAAAAAUUACAGAAAGCAGAAGAAUAAAUAUCCAGAUUUACGAGUUCAAUUGGAUGUAUUUGAUGAUCAAAAAGAUUCUGAUGAAGAACUUGUUAAUCAAGGUCCACCUGGUAUUGAUCUUUCAUCUCAUAUUGAUAUUUUUUAUGCAAUUCUUGGCCAGAUUGCUGAUACACCACAAGAAAUACCAUUUUUAAGUAUUCUUCAACAUUUAUUACGUCUAGAUCCAAAAGAAGCAGCAAGUGAUCUUGCAUGGGACACUGCUGAGACAUUAGUUCACAGAGCAACAUUACUUGAAAGUCGUGAUGACGUUACAAAGCUUUUAAGAUCACCAAGUCUCCAGACAAAUUUAUGCUGUCAUUGUCGAGGCAACGAUCAAACUUGUGGUACAUCAAGAAAAGCAUCAAUACCAGUUAGUAAUUCAACAGCACCAUUACCACCACCACCAUUACCAUUUUCAGAAAAUAAUUUAUUAUUAAAUACAAUUAAUAAUUUAACAUCAACACCAACACCACCUCCACCACCACCACCACCGCCAACAACAACAACAAUAUUACCAACAUUUGUACUACCACCACCUCCACCACCACCACCAUUAUUUGCAAACGUAACAACAUCAAAUAUUAAUGCUAAAAUGGAACCACCAUUACCACCACCACUUCAAGUACCAACAAUUAAUAGAAUACCAACACCAGAACCAAAUCAUGCUAAUCAUGCAAAAUUAUUACCACAACAAGAAAUACCAACACCAAAAACUAAAAUGAAGACAAUUAAUUGGAAUAAAAUACCAAAUCAUAAAGUAAUUGGAAAAAAAAAUAUAUGGUCACUUGUUGCUGAUGAUCAUCAAAAUUCACCAAUGGCUGAUUUAGAUUGGUCAGAAAUGGAAGGUUUAUUUUGUCAACAAGUACCAUUAAUAAUACCACAAAUAACAUGUACAAAUGGAAUUAAUGGAAUUGGUAGUAAUGAUGCUGAACGUAAAAAACGUGAACCAACUGAAAUAGCAUUACUUGAUGGUAAAAGAAGUUUAAAUGUAAAUAUAUUUUUAAAACAAUUUAGAAGUUCAAAUGAAAAUAUAAUACAAUUAAUACGUGAUGGUGGACAUGAUGAUAUUGGUGCUGAAAAAUUACGUGGUUUAUUAAAAAUAUUACCAGAAGUUGAUGAACUUGAAAUGUUAAAAACUUUUGAUGGUGAUAAAACAAAAUUAGGUAAUGCUGAAAAAUUUUUUUUACAAUUAAUACAAGUACCAAAUUAUAAACUACGUAUUGAAUGUAUGUUAUUGAAAGAAGAAUUUUCAGCAAAUAUGAGUUAUUUAGAACCAAGUAUUAAUUCAAUGAUCCUCGCUGGCGAAGAUUUAAUGACAAAUAAACCAUUACAAGAAGUACUUUAUAUGGUAUUAGUUGCUGGUAAUUUUUUAAAUUCAGGUGGUUAUGCUGGUAAUGCAGCUGGUGUUAAAUUAUCAUCAUUACAAAAAUUAACUGAAAUAAGAGCAAAUAAACCUGGUAUGAAUUUAAUACAUUUUGUUGCAUUACAAGCUGAAAAAAAACGUAAAGAUUUAUUAAAUUUUGCUAGAAAUUUAAGUGCACUUGAAGCAGCAACUAAAACAACAAUUGAACAAUUAACAAAUGAAUUUAAUACAUUGGAUAAUAAAAUUAAAAAAAUUAAUAAUCAAAUACAAUUAUUAACAACUGAAAUUGAUAUACAAGAACAAAUGGCACAAUUUUUACAAAUGGCUGAACAAGAAAUGGGACAAUUAAAAAGAGAUAUGGAAGAAUUAGAAGGUGUUAGAAAAACUUUAGCUGAAUUUUUUUGUGAAGAUUCAAAUACAUUUAAAAUUGAAGAAUGUUUUAAAAUAUUUCAUCAAUUUUGUCAAAAAUUUAAUCAAGCUAUUGCUGAAAAUGAAAGAAGAAAAAUUCAAGAAGAACAAAUUAAUGCUAGAAGAAAACAACGUGAGGAACAACUUAUUGCUCGUAAACGAAUGUUGAGCAAUCAAGCUGAUCCUCCUCCUGGUUCUGAAUCUGAUUACCUUAUGGAUUAUGGAAUAAUGGAUAUACAAUCUGGUUUUUCGAAAAAUCCAUACAAUCGCAGUGAUGUUAAAAUUAAAAGAUUACAAAAUGGUGGUGUUACAUCAGAUGAAGAUAUAUCAAUAACUGGAUCACCAAGUAUAAGACGUCGUCUUGGUUCAUGUUCAGGUGGUCCAGAUAAUCAAUUAAAUAAAGAAGACACUUAUUCACCAGAUAUAACACCAAAUGGUACAUUGAGACGUCGAAGAAGUAGAAUACCAUGUGAAGAAGAUGACGGUAAUCUUAUGGAUUUUUUGAGAACAACUGGUCAAGAUAAUACUAGAGAAAGAAAAUCAUGGGGAAGUUUAGAUCGUUCAUGGGCAAGAAGAGCACGUGGACAACCACGCCGGGGUGAUCUUUUAAAUGCUGAUUUUUCUGGUGAUCGUGAAAGACCAAAUUCACCAUCACCACUUGCUGAAACAAAACCAUUUUUACAAGAAGAAGAAACAAAACCAACUGGAAGAGCUUGGAGACAAAAAAUUGAAGCAUGGUUAACUGAAAAUGAAAAAGAAGAACGUGCAGGUGAAGAAUUACAAAGAAAAGCACGUCAAUUACAAGCUAAUAGAAAAUCAUUUGAAGAUUCAGAAAAUGAAGGUAAAAUAAGUACUGAUGAUAAUUUAUUACGACCUGGUUAUUCUGAUGUAUAUGAUUGGCGUCCAUCAGUUGAAAAAACUGAUGUAAUGAGAACAAUGGAAGCCAUUGAAGAAGCACAGCCACAUCAAUCACAAACAAAUAAAUCAUCAUGGCGUAAAACAAGUUUAACUGUUCCAUCAAAUAACGAAGAUAAUGAUCCAAGAUAUACAAGAAGAUUACGUACAAGAUUAGUUAAUGACAAUGUCCUUGGUCAAAGUACACUUCAGGCAAUACGUGAAGAAGAAAGAAAGAAAAAUAAAACAAAUGAUUCAGGUGGAUUAGAUGGUUUAGAUGAGUUAACAAUUUAUUUACGACAACCAAAUAGUACACCUGUUAGAAGAUUAUCAAAAAGUGGAAAACGAAUAACAACAACAACAGAAGAAGAAGAGGAUAAAGUUAGUGAUAAAAUUGAAAUUGAUUGUGAUAAUAUUGAAACACCACCAGUGACAAGAAGAGUAUUUAGUCCACCAAGAGAAAUUAAAUCAAUUGAAAAAGAAUUAUGUAAAAGAGAAAGAUGUACAAGUGUAAUACAACCAAGAGAUAAUAAAAUAGUAACAAGUACAACAAUCACACCAUCAACAACAACAACAAGCACAACAACAACAAAACCAAUUGAUACAAAUAAUGAUCUUGGAAGUGGUAAUUUCGAUCGUUAUUCAGCAGCAAGAAAAACUCGUCGUUAUAAAAAAAAUCAAGAUAAUCCACUUGAUAAAGAUUCAUUAAAAUCUGAUAAUUCAACUGAAUAUUUAGAUAAUAUUAUUGAUAGUAAUACAACAAACGAAAAACCACAACGUCCAAGAACUUUAUCAUUAAUUGAUGAUAAUAAUAAAGAUUCAGAUGCAAUGUUACGUAUAUGGCAAGAUAAAUUAAAACGUCGUAAUAAUACAUCAAAUGAAAAUGAUAAUACAUUAACAAAUAUAUUAAAUAAAUCAAUAACAAUAAAUGAUGAUAUUAUUAAUGAAAGAUUACGUCAAAGAAAUUCAAGAUUACCAAUAACACAACCAGCACCAGUUAUUGCUGUUACAAAUACUGUAUUAAGUCCAGUUAUGCAAGAAUCACAUCCACGUGAAACAUCACAAAUAUGGCCAGAAAGAGCUGUAUCAUGUCGUGAAAGACACAGAAGUAUGAUUGAUCCAAGUCAAGUACGUGAAGCAUUAAGAAUAACAAAUAAUCCACCAAAUAAUAUUAAUCAAAAUUCAAAUAUAAUAUUACGUAUAACAACACCAGAAAUAUGUCAUGAUAAUGAUAAAAAAAUAAUUGAUAAAGAUAAUAAACAUAUUGAUAAUAAUGUAACAUUAAAUAAUAAUGAUGAUGUUGAUAAUAAUGGUAAUGAUAAAAUUAAAAUAACAUCAACAAAUUCAUUAUUUAAAAAUCGUUUUAUACCAGAUAUUUGUAUAACAAAUAAUAAUAAUAAUAAUAAUACAACAACAACAACAAUUGUUGGUAAAACAAAUAAAGAAAGUGAAUUAAAUGAUGAAGGUUUUGAAGAAACACAAAGUCUUGUUUCUGAAACAUUAAGUCAAGAAACAUCAUCUGGUAAUUAUGAAACAGAUACACAUGAUUCAACAAGAUGUUCACCAGCUGAUAUGAAUUAUACAAAUAAAAAAAUAAAUAAUAAUAAUAAUGAUAUUAAAAAAAGUAUAGAAAAAAAAUUAAAUAAAAAAUUAAAUGAUAAAAUUGAUAUAAAACAAUUAAAAAUAACUGAUAAUAAAUGUAAAACAAAUAUAAAUUUAAUUGAUAAUAAAACAAGUUAUUUACCAAAAAAAAAAAUAAUUGGUAAUAAUAAUAUAUAUAAUAAUAAUGAUAAAAAAAUUAUAUUAAAAAAAAAUGAAGUUGAAAGAUCUGGUUCAAAAAGUAGUUUGAGAAGUUCACGUAGUUCUUUAAAUAGUUCAACAUCAGUUAAUACUGUUAAAAAAUUACCAUCUAAAAAUAUUGGUAAUUAUACAACAGCACUUCGUGCCAUGACAAAUAGUCUUAGAAAAGGUUCAUCAAUAUCACUACCUCCUCCUAGUACUAGUAGUAGUAGUAUUUAUCAUUCAAAUAAAUACAAUGAUAUUAAUAAAAAAUUAUCAACAUCAAAAACAACAGUUAACAGUAGAAUACCAGCAAGUAGAAGUAGCAGCAGUGGUAGUAGUAGUAUUGGUCAAGUUAUUAAAAAUAAUAAAAAAAUACAAAUUCCAACAAGUGAAGUUAAAACACCAACGAGAAUACGUCCAAUUGUAUCAACAAGAAGUAACAGUACAAGUAACAUUGGUAAUCAUAAAUUAUUACAAAAUCGUACAUCAAGUUCAAGAACACUUACACCAACAUUGAGCAAAACAAAACUCAUUCAACCACGUAAUCAUAGCUUCAUGAGACCAACAACAGCAAGUGUCAAUAAAGGUUCAACUCCUAAUAUUUCGAAAACUAUCAAAACUUAUGCUAAAUAAAUAUUUUUUUCUUUUUAAAUUUGAAUCUAUUAACAGGUUUUAUUAUUUUUUUUUAUUGGACUGAUGCAAUACUCUAGAUUAAUCAAAAAUAAAUUAAACAAUAGUCAGAGUAUAUGCAAAAUAAUUUUACACUUUCAUAAACGAAAAACAAAAAAAAUAUAAAACAAUUUUUUAUAUAGAAACUAAUUUUAAGUAAGAAUAUAUAAAUAACGUUUUUUUUUAAAUUAACUAUUAAAAUUAUAUUUUAAAUAUUAACAGUUGAUUGUUAAUUACAGAAAAUUGAUAUUAUAGAACAAAAAAAUUAUUAAAAAUAAUUUUAAUAUUUGGAUUAUUGCCACACAUGAAAAAUUUCGAAAAUAAUUAUAACAGUUACCAAAGUUCGAUUAAACCCAAUGAUGUAUUUCCAGAUUUUUUUUUUUUUUUUUUUUUUAAUAUUAACUAAGUCUAAUGAGAACAAGAGAGA